AUGACUUCUCUGAAAGAGUUCAGCGUGAGCGAAGUGGCAACUCAUAAUACCAAGGGAAAUUUAUUCGUCAUCAUUCAUGGAAAAGGUAAAACUCCAUUCCUCUGGUAUGUGGGAGGUCUUGCUAACACCCAUGGAUGUCCAGUCUACGAUAUCACAAACUAUGUGCGAGACCAUCCCGGUGGCGCAGAUGUGUUGAUGGACGUUGCUGGCGAAGAUGCCACGGCCGCUUAUGAAGAUGUUGGACACUCGGAGGAUGCAAAUGAGAUUCUCGGGACAUACUUGGUCGGGACUGUGAAGGAUGCGCAGCAAUUCGUCCAACCCAAGGCCGUCCGUGUCAUACAACAAAGCACUUCCGUCGCAACCUCGCCAAAAGAAACAUCAUCAGCCGCGCGAGCUCUGAAGGCAACUGCCUCCGCCCUCACUGCCACGACGUUAGUUUACGUCUCUACCAAGAACCAUCGGGCCCUCAGUGACUUUGCCGCAACCUUUUUCACAUCCUGGGGAGUUACCGGCGUUCAUGUGCCAUACCCUGAAUUCCUCCGCGGUGGAUUUUCGAGUGGAUUUGCUGCUGCCACUCUGGCAUGUGCAGUUGUUGGUGGAUCCAUUGCAAGCAAACUAUCGAGCUUCACCAAGAUCGAGUCCGGGUUCACCAAGUAUCGUCCGCAUAUCAAAGCUUCAUCCGUGAAGAAGCAAAGCCCACACCUCACAAAGGGGUUCCUUGAGCCUAAAACCUACAAACGGCUGCCGCUUGUCAAGAAGGAUCAAUUGUCUUCGAACGUCUUCCGCUUUGUCUUCCAACUUCCCGCUUCGCGGGACGUGAUUGGACUCCCCAUCGGUCAACACGUAGCUAUCAAAGCCACGAUAAACGGUGCCAGUGUUUCGAGGUCUUAUACUCCGACAUCAAACAAUCUCGAUACUGGAAGACUAGAACUAGUCAUCAAAUGCUACCCCGAUGGCCUUCUCACUGGACAAUAUCUUGCUUCACUUGAAGUCGGCGACCACGUGGAAUUCCGAGGACCGAAGGGUGGAAUGAAAUAUCACAGCGGUCUUUGCAAGAAAAUAGGCAUGAUCGCCGGUGGAACUGGAAUUACACCAAUGUAUCAACUGAUUCGGGCUAUUUGUGAGGACGAUCGAGAUACUACCGAGAUCAGCUUGAUAUAUGCCAACAGAUCUGAGGAAGAUAUCCUGCUUCGUCGCGAGCUAGAGACUUUCGCUCGAGCUUAUCCCCAGAACUUCAAACUCUGGUACAUGCUUGAUCAUCCCUCUGAAGGCUGGGCCUAUGGCAAGGGAUAUGUCACAUCUGAAGUCAUGGCUUCGAGACUUCCUCCUUCUGCGCCCGACACCAAGAUCAUGCUCUGUGGACCACCAGGCAUGGUUAAUGCCUCAAAGAAGAGCUUAAUUGCCGCAGGCUUUGAGGCUCCAGGGGCUGUGGCGAAGAUGUCAGAUCAGAUUUUCUGCUUUUGA